AUGUCGUCGGCUCACUCUGCAGCAGCGCACACACACAGCCUCGUGCGAACUCCCUCACAGCCGCCGCCGCCGCCGCCGCUGCCGCUGUCCGCACCGACGCCGGAGAGCGGCCGGAAGAUGGCCUUGUCGGAGAUCCCCGACGAGCUCCUGGUGGAAAUCCUCCUCGGCCUUCCCACCCCAGAGGACCUCAUCCGCGCCUCCGCCGCCUGCGUCUCCUUCCGCCGCCUCGUCGCCGACCGCGCCUUCCUCCGGCGCUUCCGCAAGCUCCACCCCGCGCCCCUCCUCGGCUUCCUCGACUACAAAGGAUUCCACCCCGCCGAACCGCCUCACCCCUCCGCGCCGGCGGCCAGGGCCGACGGGCCGUCGCCAGCGCCGCCGACUUCGACUUCACCUUCCUCCCCGCCACCUACUGGGAGUGGGACUGGACCGUGCGGGAAGUCCGCGACGGCCGCGUCCUCCUCGACAGACCCUGCCGCCAUUCAGGGGACGUCAUUCAGAGUGAUCUGGAUGCUGCUGCUCAAAACUAAGCCGAUGGCCGCUGUUUUCUCUUCCUCCACAGGGCAAUGGCGAGCCAUUACAUCCCUGAUCCACAGCGACUCGUUACCUGGCUUUGCGUUAUCAACAUGGAAGCUUUGGUUCGUGUCGCGCCAUUACGCACAUGGUUGCUUCUACUGGGUUUCAGGUACCAGUGAAAAAUUGCUCGUGCUUGACAUCCGGACGAUGGAGUUCUCCAUGGUUGACCACCCACCCUGUGCCAGAUAUUCGGGCGAUGAUGUGGCCAUCGUGGAGGCAGGCCAAGGCAUAACUCUGAUGUUUGUGCCUAAACCGGACACGUCUCGCCUAAUUUAUACCGUUUGGCGAAACAAUGGUGGGAGUUCCACUCACUGGCAGAUGCAGAAUGAGCCAUUCUCGCUGGAUUCUGGGUCCGUGAUCAAGGGUGCGGUGGGUAGGCACUUGCUCCUAUAUUAUGGUGGAAGCUCGUCAGUUGAGCGAGGUUGUUACACGCGGGUGUGUGGUUCAUAUCCCGACCCGUCAGAAGCAUAUUGCAACUUCCCACCAUCGUUAUUAUCGUCGCCGAGAGUGUCAAGUGGCACACGCCAUGCUGAUGCCCAGGGAGCGGGGGAUGAUUUGCUGGUGCCUGAACUACGAGAAGCUUACCCUGGAGGCGUGCAAGGACCUGUUCUCGCAGCAGCCGCCCAUGCUCCGAACCUGCUGUUCGUCAUCGAAGGCACACGCCAUGCUGAUGCCCAGGGAGCGGGGGAUGAUUUGCUGGUGCCUGAACUAUGAGAAGCUUACCCUGGAGGCGUGCAAGGACCUGUUCUCGCAGCAGCCGCCCAUGCUCCGAACCUGCUGUUCGUCAUCGAAGGGACACACCAUGCUGACGUCCAGGUAGCAGGGGAGCCUGAAGUACGAGAAUCUGACCCUCUAGGCGUGCUAGGACCUGUUAUAGUAGCAGCCGCCCAAGCUCCAAACCCCUUGUUGGUCGUCGAAGGUACACGCCACGCUGACAUCCAUGGAGUGGGGGAUGAUGUGCUGGUGCCUGAGCUACGAGAAGCUGACCCUGGAAGCCUGCAAGGACCCGUUGUUGCAGCCACCGCCAAAGCUCCAAGCCCCUUGUUUGUUGUGGAUGGUCAGACAACCAUUCUCAUGUGAAGGCACACCCCAUGCUGAUGUUGUCCAGGGAGCAGGGGUCGAUGUGCCGGUGCCUGUACUACGAGAAGCUGACCCUGAAGGCGUGCAAGGACCUGUUGUCGCAGCGGCCGCCCGAGCUCCAGACUCCUCGUCGUUUGUCGAGAAUGAUGACGAUGCUGAGGCGGGUCACGGUGGGGCAAGGAGAAGGAGGCGCUGGGGCUGGGGCUGCGGCUGGACCUGCGGAGGUUGCAGAGCCGGGUAGGUGAGGUGGAGAGGGCGGCGUGCGAGGAGGCGAGGGGCCAGAGUAUGUGGUAAGAUGGUAGCUAGAUGGAGUGAGCAAGAGUGACUCCGUCCUUUUUGUAAUGGUUACUUGUUUCAUCUGUGCCGUGAUGGUCCGUGCCUGCUCUUGUUCUGUGCAACUGUCUCUGGAUGACUGAUCGACAGUGCAGUUUUUCCCUUUCUUUUGGUCGGCAACAAGUAGCGAGCACAUUGUUGAUUUUGUUGUGGUGUCAACUCAGUCAGCCGUUUGUUUCGGGAGGAUGGAUGUUGACUCAUAAUUUUAGGUGUUGAGCCGAGUUAC